AUGGCAGCAGGUGUGGCGGCGUGGCUCCCGUUCGCCCGCGCGGCGGCCAUCGGGUGGAUGCCUGUGGCCAGCACCCCGAUGCCCGUCCCUCCGCAGGACAAGCGCAAAGCCCAGGACGGGCUGAUCAUCCUCAACGUGAGCGGCACCCGCUUCCAGACGUGGCGGACCACGCUCGAGCGCUACCCGGACACUCUGCUGGGCAGCAACGAGAAGGACUUUUUCUUCCACGAGGAGAGUAACGAGUACUUUUUCGACCGCGACCCGGAUAUCUUCCGGCACAUCUUGAAUUUCUACCGCACGGGAAAACUCCACUAUCCGCGCCAGGAGUGCAUCUCGGCCUAUGACGAGGAGCUGGCUUUUUUCGGGAUCAUCCCUGAGAUCAUCGGGGACUGCUGCUACGAGGAGUACAAGGACCGGCGGCGCGAGAACGCCGAGCGGCUGCAGGACGACGAGGAGAUGGACAGCAGCAACGACGUGACGCCGGUCAACAUGACGGCGCGGGAGUACCUGUGGCGCGCCUUCGAGAACCCGCACACCAGCACCCUGGCGCUGGUCUUCUACUACGUCACUGGCUUCUUCAUCGCCAUCUCGGUCAUGGCCAACGUGGUGGAGACGGUGCCGUGUGGGACGCUGCCCAACCGCGCCAAAGAGGUGUCGUGCGGGGAUCGUUACGCGCUGGCCUUCUUCUGCUUGGACACGGCUUGCGUCAUGAUCUUCACGGUCGAGUACCUAUUGCGCCUCAUCGCCGCCCCCAGUCGCUACAAGUUCAUGAAGAGCGUGAUGAGCGUCAUCGAUGUGGUGGCCAUCAUGCCAUACUACAUUGGCCUGGUCAUGACCGACAACGACCAGGUGAGCGGCGCCUUCGUCACGCUGCGCGUCUUCAGGGUCUUCCGGAUUUUCAAGUUCUCCCGGCACUCGGCGGGCCUGCGCAUUCUGGGCUACACGCUGAAGAGCUGCGCCUCCGAGCUGGGCUUCCUGCUCUUCUCGCUCACCAUGGCCAUCAUUAUCUUCGCCACCGUUAUGUUCUACGCCGAGAAGGGCUCCGCCGCCAGCAAGUUCACCAGCAUCCCCGCCGCCUUUUGGUACACCAUCGUCACCAUGACGACGCUCGGGUACGGCGACAUGGUGCCAAAAACAAUUGUGGGGAAGGUUUUCGGCUCCAUAUGCUCAUUGAGUGGGGUGUUGGUCAUCGCUUUGCCUGUGCCUGUCAUCGUGUCAAACUUCAGCCGCAUCUACCACCAAAGCCAGAGGGCGGAGAAGCGGCGAGCUCAGAGGAAAACUCGGCUCGCUAGAAUCCGUGCUGCGAAGAUUCGGGGCACUAAUGCCUAUAUGCGCUACAAACAAAAUGGGCUCCUGAUCGACUCACUGGAGGAGGCCUCCAAGGAGGCAGGACAAGCCCUGGUUGGGAAAUCUACCAGCCCUCCAUUCGAGAGCCAACACCAUCACCUUCUGCACUGCCUGGAGAAGACCACGAAUCAUGAGUUUGUGGACGAACAGACGUUCCAGGCUAACUGCAUGGAGAUUUCAGUGAUCAAAAAGUCAGGCUCCCGCUCCUCCUCGCUGUCGUCCUCGCCGCAUGGUCUGGGCUCGUGCUGCUCCCGGCGCCACAGGAAGAAGAACAGCUUCAGCCUGCCAAGCACAAACAACCAGGAGCUGAGCACCAUCCAAAUCCGAGAGAGGCCCAUGGCCAACAGCCGCUCCAGUCUGAAUGCCAAACUGGACGAGACCGUGCCCUUGAAAUGUGACGAGGCGUACGUCAGUCCCUGCAUGGUCAGCCUCGCCGCCCCAGUGGCGACCUCGCCCGAUGGCGACGGCUCGUCCGGCACUGCCUCGGUGUACUCUCAGAGCAACAUUGUGCGAGUGUCAGCCUUGUAG